AUGAGUGAGGCUUCGGAAAGCGGGACAAGUACCUCGGUGACGUCAUCAGAAGAAUUACAGAAGUUAGUUGUUAUUCUCGGGUUAAACAGUGUUGAAGAUGUUUAUCAAGACAGAUUUCGUAUUGAUAGACGUCGUUUGGAAUCUAUGCUUGCAGAUGACUUGGAGGAAUCCCAAACUGCUCAGGCAUUUUUUCAUCGGGUUAUGAAUGAAACAAACACUCUUAUCAACUGGCCCGCCCGACUAAAAAUUGGUGCUCGUUCAAAAAAAGAUCCUCAUGUGAGAAUAGCGGGACGUCCUGAUGAUGUCAGACUAGCGAAAGAGAAGAUCAUGCAGUUGCUUGACACCCGUAGCAAUAGAGUUACGAUGAAAAUUGACAUCAGCUACACUGACCAUUCUCACAUCAUCGGGAAGGGAGGCUUGACAAUCAAACGCGUCAUGGAGGAAACCCGAUGCCACAUUCACUUCCCGGACUCGAACCGCACCAGCACCAUGGAGAAGAGUAACCAGGUGUCCAUCGCAGGAAGUAUGGAACAGGUGGAGAAGGCCAGAGCUCGUGUGAGGUCCCUGACUCCGCUGAUCUUCUGCUUCGAGCUGCCAUUCGCGCCAUCGUCGCAGCCGCUGCCCGACAUCAACUCUUCGUACGUUCAGGAGAUACAAGAAAAAUACAAAGUCCAGGUGAUGCUCCGCAACCGCCACAAGUUGCACUCCAACCUUGUAGUGGUGAAGGGCGUACAAUGGGAGGUGCACUCCACGAUGCAAGCCACAGAGCUUCUGAUGAACUACAUGUGCGGAUCGCUUAUGUGCCAAACCCAAGUACAGAUGAGCCUGGAGAUAUCAGCGAUGCAUCAUUCCGUGGUGGUGGGGCGGGGUGCAGAACAGCUGAAGGCGAUCAUGCAGGCAACGGGUACCCAGAUCAUGUUCCCCGAUGCCAAUGACCCUAACAUCCCCGCGCUGCGCAAGAGCCAGGUUACCAUUACUGGCCAGAUUCGGGAUGUGUACGCGGCCAAGCAACAGCUAUUGGGCUCCCUACCGCUGGUGGUACUCUUUGACGUGGCGGACAAUAUAUUCCCCUUCAACGACGACAACAUCAGCACGCUCAUGCAGAAGCAUAACGUCAUCAUCAGCGCGAGGAGGAAGCCCAAGCAGGGCAUCGUGUCCCUCGUCAUCAAGGGCAUCGAGAGAUGUGCUGCAAUGGCAGGCGGCAAUGAUAUGAACAUGCAACAACCGAUGAUGAUGCAACCGCAAUACCUGCAGCCCACCGACUCUAGACAGAUCACGCUGAACCAACUGCUGAACACCAGCGCCGCCGCCAGCAGCGGGUACCAGAGCAACUUCACCGGAAGCUCCGUCUCCAUCGACGUUAACAACACAUCCGGCGGCGCCAACGAAGCAUGUAGUGUGACUUCUCCGUCCAUUUCUCCGAUCAGCAAGACCCACAGCUCCCCGCAGAAUUCCACCAGCGAAGCGCGCAGUCAACAUGCAGAGCUCGCUAACAUAAUAUCAGAGAUGCCGAUAAGCGAACGUCGUGCUGUCGGCUUCGAGAAGAAGAAACUGGAGACUCUGAUCAAGUUGUCUCCACGCUCCGACUACACAAAACUGAAAGAACAGGCUAGCCAGGCGAUGCGCGCGGAUGUUGGCAACAAACUCCGCGUGCCCAGCAACAAGUGGUCCGGACAUUACUUCAGCAAUACAACACCGGGAAGUAUCACUUUGGACGAGUUGGGUCAAUCGUCGCCGGGAGCUUCGGGUCUGAAUGAAAAGGAUGGAAUGACUACUCCGGAAAAAGGAUGGAACAGAUCAGAGCUAGUACGUCCAAACAUAAUGGAGUCUGCCACACCGAGCCCGAGCAAGCCAUGUCGCUACCAACAACUGUACGAUCUUCUCCAAAACAUCGGUCUUAGUAAAUAUAUCGACUUAUUCAAAAGCCAAGAGUUGGACAUGUCCACGUUCAUGUCACUGAACGAUGCGGACCUUUCUGAACUCGGUGUCACCGCGUUCGGUGCUCGCAGGAAGAUGUUGCUGGUCAUUGAAGAGCUACAAAAAUCAGCGAGCGUCAGCAAGGGUAAGACAUCACCGAUGGACGGAAGGAAUAAUAUCAUUAAGUCGCCUCCACAGUACAACACCGCGGCGAUCAACAAAGACAAGUGGUAGACUAUGGAACAUUAUAACGCUUAUGAGACCACGAUGUAUUUUUAUCCAUUUGAAUUAUAAUAUUCUGCGUAUACACUCGUGUAGUUAUAAAAUUAAUUGCUUUUCGAAACAUUCUUAAGGCCCAUGCCUUUAAGUCUACUCACAAGUGUGUACGCAGCUUAUCAAGCUGGUCUUGAAACGAAACAAAUUUAAAUGUGGAAUUUGUUUAGAUAAUUUUUCUCAUAAGCGUUUUAUUUUUUAAAUAGGUACUUAGCGUAUUUCAAACGUGACAUCCAGUCGUACAUGACAAAGCUGCAGAAUAUAAUAAUUAUAAUUACAGUUAACAAAAUAUUGUUUUAUCAUUUACGUCUGGAUGUUGGGAGAUCUCAAGAGAUAGACUGAUUUUAUGUAGUGUAGUUUCAUUUAGCACAUACUCUUGAUCUCAUUUACAAAAGCGCUCAAGAUAUUGUAAUGACUAUAUAAAUUAUUUAUUAUUGAGAAUUUGUUAGGCAAAGCCUGAGCCUGCCCAGACGGAUACAGAAAAAAAAAUACGUGGUCUAUGCCUAGCGAACGGUCACAGAAUAAAUUAUAGUUAUGCCUGCCAUACGGGUAUAGAUUACAGAAUUAUAUUAUUAUAGUUUAUGGUCAUGUUUUAUUUUAUUUUAUAGUCUGUUAUUAGUAGCUGAUUUAUAAUGGAAUAAUGUUAUUUUUAUAAAUUGUUUUAUUGAUAGCUCUAAGCAUACGACAAUAUAAUGAAGCUCUCGAUCAGGACUAAUUGUUGAAGUAAACAGGCCGAGCGCCCAAAAAAUAGUUUUUAAUCGCUAGUUACUAGAAGCAUGUUUUAUUUUUGAUUUUAUCUCUCUUAGUUUUUAAGUAGUUGUCGACGGAUAAUCGUGAAUCACUGUUUUAACUUUUGAUUAUUUAAAUUGAGCAUUCACGUUUCUAACAACCGUUAUAUGCAUUUUUGAUCGCAUAUUUCUCGUAAUAUGUACAAAAAUCAGUAACAGGAGAAUGACUUAAUCAUCAUGUUCAUUGGACAACACUUUUGAAUUAUUUUAAUUGACUCACAGCUUUUUAGUUUUAUAAAUUACAAUUUAUACUUCAGCGAGACGUUUUUAUGUUUCAAUUUCAGUGCUGAAUUUUAAUCAAAUAACAUUUAUGUAUUUUUUAUUAUUCCCGCUUAUUGUCCGUUAACUUCUUUUAGCUUUAGGUGCAUUUUUGUUUUUAACUAUACUAACAACACUAAUUUUAUACAAUCAUGUUUUUUUGUAAAGGCUAGUAAUGUUUUGCUUCAUGAUAACUGUGACUCAUAUUCAAUCAUCAAUCCUUCUUACCAUGUUAUGAUGUAUCAAUUCGAUUACUAUUUUACAAUUUCCCAUAAGAACGAAAACAAAAUGUUUUAAUCAUGAACUAUUUUAAAUCGUUUUAAAGUUGAUUAUAAGAGUAUUGUUUGAGUGAUUAUUAAAUAAUAUAUUGUCCUACAUAAAUGAGUUUGUUAAUGUAUUAGUUUUUAUUGCAUUUUAAGUUCGAUAUUUGUUUAGCAUGGUUUUUAGUUUUGCUUGUCCAUUAAAGUUUUCUGCAGCAUCACAAAA